GCGAAAAAUGCGACGAAAACAAAACGACAAGGUGGAAAGCAAAGAGAUCGCUUAAUGCGAAAAUAAAUUGAAAAGAGCUGGAGUAAAUAUUUAAUUGUGAAAUCGGGAUCACCAGUUCCUAGGGUAUUGCCGAAAAUCAUAACAAUGGCCCUGCUGCUGGUGCACCUGCGGCGCCUCAUUCUCCUGCUGACCGUCGUCUACCUGAGCGGAGCGGUAUUCCGCCGCCUUCUCACCGAGCGGCACCACGCCCACAUCCUCCAGGGAAAUGGCUACAUGGCCUUCGGACGCCUUCGAGGAGGCGGAGGAUCCAAGGAACCCUACCACUUCCAAUGGUGGGCCUACAUCUAUACCUGCUAUGCCUACGCCGUCCUGGUCAACUACGUUAGCAUGCGCCGACUGACCAACCUCAUUGAGUUCUUUUUGAACUGAAGAUCUAAAUGGUUUGAAUUAAAACAGUUUUGUUAUGUUAUGAUGCUAUCAUUAUUAAGUUUAAAAGAAAUAACUAGAAUGUUCUGAGAGAUCAGAAUCAAUUUACUGAUCUUAUAAAUAACAAAAUAUCUACAUAGAUCUACGUUACAAAA